UUUAAAAUUAAUUAAGUUAUUAACUUUUUAUCUUUAUUAUUUAAUUUUUUAAAUAGUACUGAACCAUGAUAUUUCUAUGAUAUAGGAUGUAACUGUACAGGUUUGUACGUGAAAGAAUGAUGCGGAGGAAGAGAGGAAUGAGAAAAGGAGACGUCAACAUCGAAAGUUCGAGUCAUGGCCUUUUUGUAGUAAAAUUACAUAUUUGCUUAGAUGAUUGAAAUAGCAGCAUUAUUUAAAUGUUCACAUUACGUGUAGAAUUGUACAUUAUUAUAAAAGCCUAAGAACCGAUCUCACCAAUUAAUUUCAUUAACUUACUUGCCAAGUACAGAAUUUAAAACUGAUUAUCCCUAUUCUAAUUUUUUUAAUUAUUUUAAUUAAAAAAUUACUCAAUUAUUAAUUAAAAAGUACUGUAUUUUAAGUUUUGCAAUUGACAAUUCAUAAGUUUAAUCAACUAAUUUUCUAAAUUAAUAAAAAUUGGUAAAAUCGGCUCUAAAAGUAAUUAAUAAAAAGGGAACAGAUGAAUCGAGAUUCGUACGAACUCGAUUGGAACUCACCACUUUCAAUGGUGAGCAGCGAAUGACUUUUCUCAAUUGAAUUUAAGCUAUGUUUUAAAGUAGGAUCGAAGGAAACGGAUGUCGUUAUAAGAUCAGAGCAAAAUGUCACUUGUCGCUUGCCGAUUGUUUCUGCAGGAUCGUGGCAAAAAAGCAUGGAGAGAAGCAUUGGAAAGCACGGCGCUCUACAAAGUUUCCGGCCAGAACGCCAUCAGCCGUUAUCCACUUCCGCUUGGUCACUAGGAUUCCGUACAGAGUUGGUCAGAGAAACUCUCUGGUCGGUUCGAGUGAUAUCGGAACCUGUUACACGCCGACCGCGCAGAUGGUACCAACGUCACUCUGCGACCGGGUCGACCGCGGAUCAUGGGUCAACCGUUAGAAGGUCGCGCUGCGCCGCGAGCAAGUAUCCGCUGCAUUUAUAUUCUCUGAUGCAUUUAGGAAUAAGUGAUCAUCCAAAGAAGAAUUAUUGAAUCUCUCUUUCUCGGAGUUUAAAACUAGAAAUUUUCUGUUAUUGUCGCGCUGCUUUCUUCUCUUUCGUCUCUUUUUAUACCGCGCAUCUUUAAAGUUAUCCCUGAUGAAGAAAGGGUUAAUGAAAUUUUGAUUAAAUUUUGAUAAAUUUGAUGGUUCAUCAUAUUUGAUGAAAUUUCAAUGAAGAUCCAAUAAAAUUUUAUUUAUAUUUCGCUGAAAAGAUUAUCUUUUACGUUUAAUGAAAAACAUGUUAAUAAGGAUUCAAUAAAAAUAUAAAAUUUCAACAAAAACUUAUUAAUAUUAUUUAAUGUAAAAGGAAUUUUUAUUGAAAUUGGUAAUGAAUGUUUGACGAUUACAACAAAAAUCGCAGAUACCCUAUAUUGACAAGAUUUGCAUCAACGAGAUCUCAUUCAAAUUUCAAUACUCUGUCAUUAUUGUUUCAAUUCGUUGAUUUUUUAAAAAUAAAAUUUUGAUAAAAUUACUGAUCACAAUCCUCAUCCGAAGUUAUAAUGAUUAUGUAUAUAUAAACUUUUAACAUCUCACCU